AUGUCUGGCUCACCUACAGAUUAUGAACAAUAUGUGGAGAGUUUAGAGGCAAAAUUAAAAAUUUACACAAAUGAAAAGUUUGAAAGACUUGAUCACAAAAUGAAUGCUAAAUUUCAAGAUUUGAGAAAUGCUAUGAUAGAUACAAAUCAUAAACAGAAAGAUACUUUAGAGGCAAAACUAAAAAUUUACACAAAUGAAAAGUUUGAAAGACUUGAUCACAAAAUGAAUGCUAAAUUUCAAGUUUUGAAAAAUGCUAUGAUAGAUAAAGAAUUGUCUUUUUUACAAAAAACAAACAAUUUAAAUGAUACAUUAGAUGAAACAUUAAAUGAAGUGCAGAGACUGCGCCAAAACAUUAAAUUCUCAAAGUCGAAUUACAGAAGUAAUGAGUACCCAUCUAACCUAGGUAUAGACCCUGAUGUGUUAGAACAAUGGGAAAUAUUGAAACAACAACCAUCCACUGGUACAGGUAUAGGAGAGUUGAUUUCUGAAAUAUCAAAGAUAAUAGCCCAACAAACACAACUUAUUUUACUCCCACAUUUGACAGAGCUGCUGUUUUUAGCUUUGGCAUACUUUAUGGUUUCAGACUACCGUGAUUUAUUUCAUGUAUCUUUAGCUGUCAUCGGUGUAAUAGUGCUAAUCAUCAUUCGGUAUUUUUUCUGA